UGGUCUGGCCCGGGGGCGGGCUUUGAGGACGGGCUGUCGCCCGCCUUCUCCGCGCUCCUCCGCCCGCCUAGCAGCUUCCCGCCGCCGCCUGAGGGCAUCCGGUUAAGGCUGCUGGGGGGCCCAGCUGUGUGCGGAUGGAUGGGACAGAGGCCCGACAGCGGAAGCCAGAGGAGCUGGGGCUGCCACAUGUCCUCAGCACCGGAAGACCCUCUAUAGUCUCAGAAGAUGGACUGCUUAGUGUCCCCGAGAGCGAGAGAGUGGCCUCUAAACCACUGGGGCUGGAGGUCAGCAGGGAGACUGCCUUGUCCAUCGGCCUUCAGGUGGCACUGCCUUUUGUGUUCGCAGGCCUGGGGCUGUCCGGGGCAGGCCUCCUUUUGGACUAUUUCCAGCGCUGGCCCGUGUUCUCGGAACUCAAGGACCUGCUGACCUUGGUGCCGCCCCUGGUGGGCCUGAAGGGCAACCUGGAGAUGACGCUGGCCUCCCGGCUCUCCACGGCGGCCAACACUGGACAGAUGGAUGACCCCCGGGAGCAGCACAGAACCAUCAGCAGUAACCUCGCCCUCACUCAGGUGCAGGCCACUGUCGUGGGGCUCCUGGCUGCCGUGGCUGCCCUGCUGCUGGGCGCCGUGUCUAGGCAGGAGCUGGACCUGGUGAAGGCAGAGGUGCUGUGUGCCAGCAGCGUCAUCACCGCCUUCCUGGCAGCCUUCGCCCUGGGGAUGCUGAUGGUCUGCAUCGUGAUUGGUGCUCGGAGACUCGGGAUCAACCCAGACAACAUCGCCACGCCCAUCGCAGCCAGCCUGGGAGACCUCAUCACCUUGUCCCUCCUGGCUUUCGUCAGCAGCUUCUUCUACAAGCACAGAGAUAGUCGGUACCUGACGCUGCUGGUCUGCGUGGGCUUCGUGGCCCUGAUACCCGUGUGGGUGCUCGUCGCCAAGCAGAACCCGCCUGUCGUGAAGAUCCUGAAGUUUGGGUGGCUCCCGAUCGUCCUGGCGAUGGUCCUUAGCAGCUUCGGAGGGCUCAUCCUGAACAAGACUGUUUCUAAGCUGCAGUUCAAAGGCAUGGCUGUGUUUGCUCCCAUCAUAUGUGGUGUUGGUGGCAAUCUGGUGGCCAUUCAGACCAGCCGGGUCUCCACCUACCUGCACAUGUGGAGUACGCCUGGCGUCCUGCCCCUGUGGAUGAAAGCAUUCUGGCCCAACCCAUGCUCAACGUUCUGCAGCUCUGAAAUCAACUCCACGUCAGCCCGAGUCCUGCUCUUCCUGGUGGUCCCAGGCCAUCUGAUUUUCUUCUACAUCAUUUACCUGGUGGAAGGCCAGUCCGUGCCAAACGACAGAAGCUUUGUGGUGCUCUACUUGCUGGCAGGCCUGGUCCAGGUGGCAGUCCUGCUGUAUCUGGCAGAAGUGAUGGUUCGGCUGAUGUGGCGCCAGGCCCUGGACCCAGACAACCACUGCAUCCCCUACCUGACAGGGCUGGGGGACCUCCUGGGGACAGGCCUGCUGGCACUCUGCUUUCUUGUCCACUGGCUGCUGGUGGGCACCUUGGAGCCAGUGUCUGGAGCUUCCUAGUAUAUGCGCUGCUCAGCGUCACCUCCCCUCAUGCCCGCAGGAAUGCAACAAUUUCCUCCCGAGCUGGGCCCUCAGGGCAGCUGACACUGGCCUCUGUAGGGGCCUCUGCCAGUCUGCCCAGGAGUUGCACACAGUCUGGGCCUGGGGGCUGAGCCCAUGAUGGAGCUAGUGCAUAUGUGCGCAUGUACCAGGGGCAGGGCAGUCUGGCCUGCAAACACUCCGUUGAGUGGAUACCCGCACUUCUACGGGUGGCUGGCACUGUCUUGAGCCCAUGUGACCCAGACUGGGGUGGGGCAGGAAGGAGGCCCUCUGUCCCCAAGCCUCAGGGUGCUGAGCGUAGGCAUCACUGCUGUCUGUGCAGAGUGCAGCCCCGGGGUGGCUGCUGGGGGCUGUGGACGUGAGCACCCUUCCCAGGACAGGCUUUGAGCACACCCUUUUCUGCUCCCAGCAUUUCCUCAUCUCUGCUUGCUUUUUCUCCCUCACGCGUUUUUUUUUUUUUUUCCCCCUUUCUUUAAAGCAAAAGUCCUCUGCUUAGAUUUUAAUGAUCAGGGGAGUGUAAAUAAAACUGGAACCCCAGUUCCACUCUGAGGAAGGUGCAGGAUUGGCCCCAACACAAGAGGGGUUGGCGAGCUGGACGGAUGGAAGAAUUAUUACUCUUGACUGGAGAAAAAAACAGCAUUAACCCCCUGCGUGGCUGUACAGAACCUUUAUUCAUGUGCGCUGGUGUCAGGCCCAAGGUCAGCAGGGCCUCCGAACCUAGGAGAUUAGUCAAUUCUGAGCACUUCAGGUGGACACUAACUGAGGCAUGAGGAUGAAGGUCCACCACACAGCCUGGAGGGGGACAGUGUGGCAUGGCCACUGGACAGCACAGAACUGCCUUGACAUAGCACAGAGUUUUGUGGUUAAGAACCCUCUAGAAAUGGGGACACCCCCCGCCCUGCCCAGGAUGGAGAGAUCACGCUAGAAAGCUGGAGUCACUCACUAUAAAAACUGACGAGAGUUUGGAUGACUUCAAGUCUGAGAAUCAAACAGCAACUCGAAUAAAUACUUCUAAAGACCCCAGGCAAAAAAACCAUUUCUGAGAGACCCUGUGUGCAGUCCGUGAAUGAACAAAUAAACAUUUGCAAGUU